AUGUGGAUCAUUAACUGGUUCUAUGACAUCCUCGCCUCAUUGGGCCUCCUCAACAAGCAUGCCAAACUCCUCUUCCUCGGUCUCGACAAUGCGGGAAAGACGACGUUAUUACACAUGUUGAAGAAUGACCGGGUCGCAAUCCUCCAGCCAACAUUACAUCCCACUUCUGAAGAACUCGCAAUUGGCAACAACAGAUUCACGACCUUUGAUCUAGGAGGUCAUCAACAAGCGCGUCGUCUGUGGCGUGACUACUUCCCCGAAGUAUCGGGCAUCGUCUUCCUCGUCGACGCAAAGGACCACGAACGUCUGCCUGAAGCCAAAGCAGAACUCGACGCCCUCCUUGCCAUGGAAGAUCUCGCGAAGACACCAUUCCUGAUUCUGGGCAACAAAAUCGACCACCCGGAUGCCGUGUCCGAGGAUGAAUUGAGACACCAGCUGGGUCUGUACCAAACUACGGGAAAGGGCAAGGUGCCGCUCGAAGGAAUCAGGCCGAUUGAGGUGUUCAUGUGCAGUGUUGUCAUGAGGCAGGGCUAUGGAGAGGGUAUCAGAUGGCUGGCGCAAUACGUUUAA